CAAACACUUUUAAAGGGAGGCUCCGUGCAGUUCCAUAUCAGAUGGUGCUGUUGUGUGUGGCCAGAGCACAACACACUCACCCCCGUGAGAGGUUCAGGUGCAUGACGGAAGCUGUUAAGAGGCAUUUCAUUAUCAACACAGAUUUCGACCAAGGCAGUGUGCACGCGCCCCAUCUUCCCCCUUCUCGUUGUGAGAGAGCAGUGAGUGUGCGCGCGCGUCAGUGUGUGUGCGUGUGUGCGCGCGCGCGCGCCGGGAUCCAACAGCUGCACAGUUGAGGACGACGAGAACCGAUGUGAUCGAGACAAUUGACUAAGGUGAGAACCGGAACCGACACCGGCACCGGCAGCAGACCUGCCCUCGAUGAAGACGCUCCCACCAGGCUGCUCGGCUCAGCGACCCGCCGCUAAUAUCGGUGUCGUUAUUAAUCCGGAAACUCUCCCACUCGGUUUGUCUGGACGGAUAGCGUUGUUGCUCCACCUUAAACAGGACAAUGCCAACUCACUCGCUGCUGCCGUUUGUGGAGAGCCCAGAUGGACUUGCCCAAGAUAUUCUGAUUAGUAACAGUGCAAACAUCCCAGGGCCUGGCUCCAGCAUGACACCACACACCACCAACUUGGAAAAGCAAUGUGGAGGCGGAUCGCCGCUCUCGUGCAUGUUCUGCGAUCAGACUUUUAUUCAUCAGGAUGAGCUGGGACCCCACGUGCUCACGCAGCACCCCACCACUUUCUUCGAACCCACCGUGCUCCGGGUGGAGGCGGAGUUCAGGAUCCCGGGAGAGAGAGAGCGACCCAAACCGAGCAGCCUCCCAAACAAAAAAGAGGAGGUCCACAGCUGCAUCGUCUGCGGCCAGGUAUCGCAAGAUGCCGGCGAGCUCGAGGCUCAUAUGAGGAAGCACAAGGACUACUUCACCUACUGCUGUAAUAUCUGCGGGCGCCGUUUCAGGGAGCCGUGGUUCCUGAAGAACCACAUGAAGAUGCACGUGAAACCGGGAGCGAGGAGCAAGGCCCAGCAGGACCAGGAGACCCUGGCGACGGUCAACGGCAUCGCCCAGGACCCUGCUCCAGAGCCCGCGGUCACCGUUUACAAAAUUUGCAUGGUUUGUGGGUUUUUCUUCCCCGACCAUGACAGUUUGGUCGAACAUAGCAAAGUGCAUAAUAGAGAAGCGGAGCACGGCAAAGACAAAGACAAGGAGAACACGGACACCUCCACGGAAUCCCUCCCCGACCAGGAAACGUUUCUUCGCGGUCUGAACCUCCGGCCUCGCGCUGUGGGAAAUAGUUUGCAACACGAGAGAUCGUCAAAAUGGAUUCCCCAGCUCGAUCCCUACAGCACCUAUCAGGCCUGGCAACUGGCUACGAAGGGGAAGAUAGCAGUGGGUCCAAAUAACAUAAAAGAUAUCGGCCAGGAAGCAAGCACAGACAUCGAAGACUGCAACUCUGACAAGGAGGAGCUGCAUCACGUUUGGUCCGAGUGCCAAGGAGACAAGGCCGGGAAAGAGGGCCUCGGGAGGGAGCUGCAGUCUCAGCCUGCGGCGGAGACCCCGGGACCACAGCGGCGGUCGCUCAUGCAAAAAGACAAGGGCAAGGAGAGGCCAACCACUUGUGAGGAAUGUCAGAGGACCUUCAGGACGUACCACCAGCUAGUGCUUCACUCCAGGGUGCACAAGCGCGAGAGAAACGGCGUCGGCGGGGAGAGCCCGACGUCCGCCUGUGCCGACGGGAAGAUGCCAAGAGUCGCCAAGAGUCCAAGCUCACUGGAGGCCGCGGAGGAGGGCUCCGAGGGAGCCGCUCUGUCAGAAAACCUCGACUCAGGCGACGGCGGCUUUGAUCGAUCAAAGGUCAGGUCCAAAGCGUGCAGCUACUGUGGCAAAACAUUCCGAUCGAGCUAUUACCUCACAGUUCACCUGAGGACUCACACAGGUGAAAAACCCUUCAAGUGUGCCUACUGUGACUACGCCGCGGCCCAGAAGACCUCACUGAAAUAUCACCUGGAUCGCCGUCACAAGAACAAGCCUUACGUGGAGAUCCCCAGCCGACCCGUGCCUUCACCUCCCUCCCCCAGUGAUGGAAAACCCAAAGACGGCCCCGGAGCCAGAUCGUGUGCCGACGGGUCACCAGAGAGCAAAUUUGAUGGCGCGGGCGGCAAACUCGGCAUGCCGCUCAUGCAGAUGAACGGCGAGCACAGCAAAUUAAUCCAAGCCAAGUCCACUUACCUGCCGACCGAUGACGUGCUCAUAAAGUGCCCUCUACCUGUUAACCCGAAGAGGGAAAAGGAAGAUAUAAAAGAGGAAAACUACGAGGGCCCGUUAAAUCUGUCCUUGAAAGUGUCCGUCCCUCACAGUGCGGAACACGGAAAGGCAUUAAUUCCAAUUGCCUGUUUGUACUGUGCAUAUACAACCAUGUACCCCGAGGUUCUGAUGAUGCACAAAAGGCUGACGCACAAAGACAAGGCCGACAGCACUAGGAAGAAUGGAUUCGGAGGCAGUUCGAAACAGAAACGUUCCACAGGCUGCCCCCCCACGCUUGACGGCAAAGAUGUCAGCCCACUUCCGAUGUUUGAGAGGCGCCACCCUCGCCGGACCAAAUCCCCGCCCCCCCAACCUGUGAAACCCGGAGAGAAGACGCCCGUCAACCCGCCUCAGCCUCAUGGUCUCAAGCGGUCUCCUGUCCACGCACCCCCGCACGACGUUGUCCAGGAGACCCAGCGUCACAGGCAGAACAUUGAUCCACAUCCCAGUCAGGAGUCCUCCAGGUACACGGAGCUCAUGAGGAAAUCUAACCCGGGGAGCAAGUAUGUGUUGGACCUGCCAGGCCCCCCGGACAGAUUCAGCGAGAGGAGCUACUCGGACGUCAUCUGGCACUCGGAAGCCGCCAGGCUGUGUCUGUCGAGCCGAUUUGGGAGCCUCCCCCAGAUGGAUUUCGGCGAAUCCUCCAACAAGCGGCUGAAGUACUCUGUGCCCACGGGCAGGGAAGCCGACGUGGGCGAGAGGCCCGGCUUCAGAGGCCCGACGGCGGACGGAUCCGGCAGACUGAUCGUCUCGGCCAGAGCCGCGAAAACCGCGUCGCAGAAGUCGGGUCCGUCCACACUACCCGAGAUGGCCAUCGGAGGAGUUUUGGACUCCGAGUGGAGCAUGAUGAACCUGCUUCGCCCCUACACCCCCACCGACCUGGCUUCUCUCUAUCACAGCACAUCAUCCAGCGCCAGUCACGGAGGACUGUCCAACCCGAGAGCAGGGGGCAGAGCUGUGCUGUACCAACACUUACCCACACUGCCCAGCCUGCAGAGACGAGACCCCUCCGGCCCGUUUCCUAACCAACGCUACGGGGCUACUGACAAAAGUACCUAAAGUGGGACCAAGGUAAAAAAAAAAAAAAAAAAGAUUGAACCGUGCUGCUUUCCUUAUUUCGGAGAACUUUGGUUCAAUGUGCAGGUUUAAGAAGAGAGAUGGUCUGUGCUCAGGAAGUGUCUAGGCUCCUCUAAUUUAAUAUUUUUUCAACAAGAAGAAAAUGUAUAUUGCGUAGACAUUUUAGGGCUCAGGCCUUCACUGUACAAUUAUCAAUUAUCUAUUUUUCUUUGGGAAUCAAAAAGUGCAGAUUGUCUCUCUUUAAAGUUAUUUUUUCCUCUGGUGUGCACUGUGAUAUUUUCUUUCACUUGAGAAAAAAAAAGAAAAAAAAAAAAGGGUGAAUCAUUUGGACCCAAACUGAAGUUCAAGAUACCUGUAAGUGUCUAUGACAUAACAGAAAUGUGAUAGAAUGUCAAUAUAUCUGUAGUACAUAAACUGUAUGAAGUGGAGAACCUAAACAGGAAUCGCUGCUCUGUUUCACUUUCACUGUCGACGUUCGAGCAGCAACCAAAGCACUAUUCUGUCGUUCAUUUCCCUUUUCCAAAAAAAAAAAAAGCACUGGGGGGGGCGGGGGGGCGGCGGCUCCGGCCCGCUGGUUUACAAACGGGCCUCGGUUACUAGUCCCUCUGUGUUGUGCUGUAGUGCUCUACCUCGUGUCGCGCUCUGGACACCGUUAUUCUCUUUAAGCCGCCGUCGCUGCCACAUCGGGCCGAAGCCCCCGGCGACUCGUCGGACCAGGCGGACGCGUGGUUGUCGGGGCACGCGCGACGCGUAAGCUCAUCUGGUGACCAAGAGCAGCUGCAUUUCCUCGAUAUACUUGAUAUUUUUCUUAACGAGACCGGGUUUGAACACAGCAGAUUUCGUGGUUAUCGUUUAUGCGUUUUUUUGUUUUUGUUGAAAUGGCGAGCGUCUUAUCAUCUGCUGUAAGUGGUGCAUCAAAAUCCACGAGCUGCAAAAAUAUGAACAAAAUGUAAUGGAUUUGUGCCUUCUAAGGGCCGUGCCGUAUUUUUUUCCGGAGCUGCUCUCGUCACCAUUCAGGAGCUUCUUCUUUUAUUUUAUUUUUUUUACUACACGGUCUCGGAAAAAGUGGCGUUUUUUUCAGGUUUGGAGUGACGGCAGCGGUCGGAUCGACAAGUGGCCUCUUUAGACGUACGACUGUGCGGUUUGGAAAAAACAACAAAAGCAGCUACGCUGGCUCAAUUAAUUAUACACUGUGAACAAAAAGAAAAGAUAAGUCUCAGGUUGUUGUGUUAUCUUGUCGUGAAAUUUUGUUUUAUUUGCCACGUUCGAAAGGCCUCGGUUAAGUUAUUUGUUUCCGUUCGGUAUUCACAUUACAUGUGUACUUAUGUAAAAAUGAAAAUAUUUUCUUUGAGAUUUGUAUGACACAUUUCAAUAAUAAAGUGAGAUGCGAA